UUGGAAUAUUAUUUUAUUAAAUAAAUUAAAAUAUACUUGUAUAAAUAAACAAAAGUGGGAAUAUUUGUGUUUGGGAUGGAAAAGAAGUUAAAAACUCUAAAAGAUCAAGAAGAGUGUGAUAUGGGAAGAGCAAAAUGAGAAUUUAAAAAUGGAAAAUACUAGUACUCCGUAAGAAGAAUUAACUAGUGCCAUCUCCAAAUUCCGAGAUUCACAGCGAUCUGUUCACCAAAAGUAGAGCAGGGAACUAACUAAAAAGCUCAGAUCUUUGUGUUCAUUGCUGCCUGAAAUUGCCAAAAAUUAUCAUCUGAAUUCCCUUUUUACCUUUUAUUUUUCGAUCCACCUUUUCCCUUUUCUCCUCGUGGCCACUCCUACUGGAAAACCCAAGAACUAAUAAUCAUCAGACACCCUUUGUCUGGGUCUGGUGUGUCUUUUGCAAGUCAUAACAACCUCCACUAGCUCUGUCAAAUUCACAAUAAAUCUUGGGGGGUUUUUCCAGCUUUCUUGACACCUAUGCUCGUUCUUGAUUUGGUUAAGUAUACAUAGUUGCUUGAAACUGUGGGAAGUUGUGCUUUUAUACUGUGGAUAUAGCUAUGGAUGCACUGUGUGCUUCUUCUAUGAAUGUCAAUGUUCACCAAGGGUCAAUUUCCAAGAAGCUUGGGUAUGGGUACAGUGGAUUCUGGGGUGAGAAGACAAGGGGCUGCCAUAAAAACAGAGGCAUUAGGGUUAGUGAGACUGAGAGCCAUGGGAGAAGAAGGGCUAAGAAGGGAAACCCUGGGAUUACCUAUUCUGUCCUGACACAUGACAUUAACAAGCAACUUUUGUCAUUUGAUACAGAUUUUAUUGAAGAUCAUCCUGACGCUGACCCAAGAAAUGUAGCCUCCAUCAUCCUGGGUGGCGGUGCUGGGACCCGUCUCUUUCCACUCACCAGAAACCGCUCUAAACCCGCUGUGCCAAUGGGUGGUUGCUACAGGCUGAUUGAUGUACCAAUGAGCAACUGUAUCAACAGUGGAAUCAGCAAAAUAUUCAUACUAACUCAGUUCAAUUCCUUCUCUCUCAAUCGCCACAUUGCUCGCACCUAUAGCAUUGGAAAUGGGGUGAAUUUUGGGGAUGGAUUUGUGGAGGUUCUAGCUGCCACCCAAAGACCGGGAGAAGCAGGAAAGAGGUGGUUUCAAGGUACUGCUGAUGCAGUACGGCAAUUCAUAUGGGUACUUGAGGAUUCCAGGACCAAGAAUGUGGAGCAUAUAUUGAUCUUGUCGGGUGACCAUCUUUACCGAAUGGACUAUAUGGACUUUGUUCGGAAGCAUGUUGACACUGGUGCUGAUAUUACGGUUUCUUGUGUGCCCAUGGACGACAGCCAGGCUUCAGAUUAUGGAUUGAUGAAAAUUGAUGAAAGCGGGUGCAUUGUACAAUUUGCUGAAAAACUAAAAGGGCCUGCCCUGCAAACAAUGAGAAUUGACACAUCUCUUCUAGGACUUUCUGAUCAAGAAGCCGAGAAAUACCCUUAUAUUGCGUCCAUGGGUGUGUACGUUUUCAAAACUGAGGUUCUGCUAGAUCUUCUAAUGUCAAAACACCCUUCAUGCAAUGAUUUUGGCUCAGAAAUCAUCCCAGCUGCUGUCAAAGACCGUAAUGUCCGGGCGUAUCUUUUUAGCGAUUACUGGGAGGACAUUGGAACAGUGAAGUCCUUUUUUGAUGCAAACUUGGCACUCACCGAGCAGUCUCCUAAGUUUGACUUCAAUGACCCAAAGUCUCCUUUCUACACCUCGCCGAGAUUCUUACCUCCUACUAAGGCUGAUAAGUGCAAGAUGGUCGAUGCAAUAAUCUCACAUGGUUGCUUCUUGAGGGAAUGCAGUCUCAAACACUCUAUAGUAGGCGUGCGUUCACGGUUAGAUUAUGGUGUUGAGCUUGAGGAUACAAUGAUGAUGGGCGCAGACUACUAUCAAACAGAAGCAGAGAUUGCUUCUCUACUGGCUGAUGGGAAGGUUCCCAUUGGAAUAGGGGCAAACACCAAAAUCAGAAAUUGCAUCAUUGACAAGAACGCCAGGAUAGGAAGAGACGUGGUCAUUGCAAACCAGGAUGGAAUUGAUGAAGCCGACCGGGUGGAUGAGGGUUUCUACAUCAGGUCUGGGAUCACCAUUGUUCUUAAGAACGCCACCAUCAAGGACGGAACGGUCAUAUGAUAAACCUUUUCUUCUUCGUUCUUCUUCCUCCUCAAACUAAAACCAGGUGUUGUUGAGAUGUCAUUCAAAAUAAGCAAUUUGUAGACCAAGUAUCAGUUAAAUCAUUUUGAGUUUCUGGUUUUUUAGUCAUGUCUGGUGUAAAUAUUUCACAAACAAAAAACUACAAUAAACCAUGGCAUUUUGUUCAUUUUACCGUUUAGAGUGUAUAUAAAACCUUUUUCUCUAGACUUCAAGCAUGAAUUUUUGGUUGAAUCAGUCAGCCAGAGAAGAAAGUUAGGAAUAAGAAGAGGGAACAUAG